AUGAAUGAUCAGAAAACUUAUUUAAUCUUAGAGCAUCCUCACGCACAAAAUCCCGUCUUAAGUUUUAAACACAAAACGUUAUCAAAUAAUGAAAAAAUCUGGAUCUCUCAUAUUAAAAUUAAAAAUCCAGUUGAAAAUAAUUUGUAUAAUUGCAAUCUAUAUUUAUAGAAGUCUUGCAUUCAAAGUAAUGUCCACAGCUUCAGAAAAGAUUAAGUCUUAUCCAUUUGUAGGAAUAUUAUAAGCUGGAGAAAGCAAAACAAUUAAAUUGAUUACAAAAGACACUAUUUUUGAUAGUAUAUACUCAAAAUUAUUUUAGAGGCUGUUAAAGUUCGAAUAGUUUCAAUGAAUAUUGAAAAACCUUAAGAAAUAAAAGACCAAUAUGAAAUCAUGGAUUAAUUUAAACUCCUUAAGGAUCAAAUUAAAGAACUUCCCUCUAUUAUCCUUCAAGUAUCAGAUUUUAUUUAAUCUGAAACAGUCUCUUAUGUAAUACCUUAAAAGUACUAAUAGUGAAAGAUUACUUAACCAAGUGAAAGAAGAAUUCCUAUGUUUACUUCACAUAUUUCAUAAAUCUAAAAUGGAGAUGGCACUCCUAUAUCAACUAUUAUGAAAUCUAUGAUUAGUUAAAGAAAACAAAAAGAUUCUUUAUAAAUAUCCUAAAACUUAUAAAAGGAAGAAACUAUUGCUAGUCUUUAGGAGCAAUAAUAAGAACUUAUAAAUGAAACAAGAGAAUUGAAUAAAUAGAUUGUUCUCUUAAAAGCAAAAUAAAAUAUUCCUUUUGAAGAGCAGAAAGAUGACUAAGUUAAAUUUUCAUUAUUUUAAUUAAUUGUAAUAGCCUUCAUUAGCCUAUUGAUAGGGUUUUAUAUGCCUGAAUUUUGA